UUUACAUUUUGCACACAUUGAAUGCCCCCUGCCGCGGUCAGCUAAAACUCCAACUCUCAGUGGACUGGUAACGAGUGGGAAAUAAACAAAAUGGCGGACGAAGGGCAAGUUGCCAAGCUAGAGCGGCACUUGGGUCUUCUGAGGGAGGAAUAUGUCAAGCUCCAAAACAAACUUGUGGAGAUGGAGCACAAGUACAGCAUUGCUAAGGCAUCAGCCGGCCAGGGGGAGGAGAACUCAUUUGUGAGCAGGCUUUUGAAAACUGUAGCUGAUCUAUAUGAUAAAGACCUUUACAGUGAUAUCACAGUGUCAUUUGGUGGGCAAAAGAUCAAAGCCCACAAGUUUGUUCUGGCUGCCAGGAGUGACCACUGGUGCAGUCGAGAUCUUAAUGAAGUCACUGAGUUGGAAUUGUCAGAUGUCAGUGUUGAUGUUGGCCUAACCCUGAUGAAGUGGGUCUACACAGACAAGGCCCAGAUUCCCAAAGAGGAAUCAUUUCUUAUCAAUUUGGUCCAUGCGUCUAAUAAAUAUCGGCUCAAGGAUCUUAGACUCAGGUGUGAGAAGAUUCUAAUGUCAUCUGUGACUGUCUCAAAUUGCAUCAAGUUCUACCAAACAGCAGAGGAUAUUGGUGCCAAGGAGCUACAAAAGUACUGUGCAGAGAUCAUAUCCAACCACUGGCAUGAUCUAAAGACAGAAGACUUUGUAGGCAUUAGUGCACCACUGUUGUAUGAGAUGUUUAAGUCCAAGUCAACAUACCCUCUUCACCUCACUAUACGACAUCACCGCGAAGAUGUGCUCUUCCUCUUUCUCAUUGAGUUCAAUUCACAGCUACCUGGAAAACUAAACGAAGUAGACCCCACCACAGGAGAGGUUCCCCUGCACAUCGCACUCUCAGAGAAACUAGACAGUAUUGCGCGCACACUGGUUGGUCAUGGCUGUGAUGUGGACAUGGUUGACAGUAGUGGUAACUGUCUACUUCACAAGGCUAUCAGUCAUGGUGAUGAAUUCUCCUCCACAUUCCUUAUCAAGAAUGGUGCACGAGUCAGUGCGGCCAACCAUGCAGAGAAAGUCACCCCGUUGCACCUCACAGCCUCUUACAGGCCAUGGAUGGCAGGCUCUGCUUCUAGUCCAGCGGGUGCCAAUCACAUGACGUCGGCAGAAGGCAUGGCACGUAUCGCAUCCUUACUGAUUGAUAAAGGCGCUAAUACUGACGCACAGGACUUGGCUGGCAGAACGCCGCUACAUCGAGCCAUAGAAGCGAAAAACGACAAAGUGAUGAACGUACUUCUCAACAGAUCCAAGUUGAACCUUGAGUUGCGUGACAACCAGGGCCGAGUCCCCCUCUGGCUGGCGCUGUCAUGUGACUCGUUUGAUUCAAUGGACGAGGAGAGCCUGGCUGCUAAGCUAGUCAAACACGGGGCAAGUGCAGACGCGGUCAAUACCGUCACAGGAGACUCGCUUCUGCACCUGGCGGCCGCCUCGGGGCAAGAGGAGGCGGGGCUCUUUCUCGCGGGCCACGGUGCCCAGCCUGACCACGUGAACAAAGCUGGCGAGACGCCGCUCCACGUUGCCGCCCGAAGGGGACUGGUACGACUUGUGGCUGAGCUCCUCAACAACGGAGCAAAUCCGAACGUACAAACGACAGAGACCGACGAGACGCGACUCAGAGCGCGCGAACGGGCCGUCCAGCGAGAAAACGCCAAAAAGAUAGCCAGAUCAAAAGCCAUCGAGAAAUUCAAAGACAUGCAAAGAGCAAACGCAGCCGAGCUAGCAAGACAACAUACCAAAGAGAAAGAAAAGAAAAACAAAAAGGAAACCUUGAAACAAAGCAAAAGCAAACAAGCGCCCGCAGUAAAUACUCCAGUGGUCAAGACCAAUCCCUUCGAGGAAGACCUGGGUAGCCCGUUUGACGAAUCUGCUGACCAAAGUUUAUCUUUCGGCUCAGACACAGGGAACCCGUUUAUGGAUGAUAUCAGGGCAGCAACUGGUGUGGCAGCCGGUGGCUUGAACCCUUUCGAAGAAGAUUUAGGAGCGCAGAGCGAAGAAAAGUCUGACGAGGAAUCUGAAAAAGAGACGCAACCCGAGCAAAACCUCCCCGACCCCACCGAGGAGGAAAUAAAAAAGCUUAUAGAAGACCAUCGUUUGUACGAGGACCCCUUUUCCAGGGGGGUGAUAAGAGAUUGCCAUGGCAGGACCCCCCUGCAUAUGGCGGUCACAGAGAAACACGAGGGUGUGGUCAACUGCUUCAUAGAACACCAGGGAAGUCUUGGUCGAGGUGGCCGUCUCAACAUUGUCCCUGACUUCAAUGUAUGCGACUCAGAAGAACAAUCGGCGCUAGAACUCGGCCUUUGGACCGCACAGUACGGAGUGGCCGCGCGCCUGCUGGAGGCUGGGGCGAGAAUUGAUGCCCAGACCUCUAGCGGUCUGACCCUUCUACACAAGGCUAUCAAGAGAGCAGAUAACAGCGCGGCGCUGUUCUUGUUGGAGCACGGAGCGAAUAUCAAUAGCAAUACCAACACCAACAUGUCAGCGCUGCAGCUGGCGAUCCAGUGCCGCUUGCAGCCCGUGGUGGACGCGCUCUGCAGUCUUAACACCGACUUGAACACGUGUGACGAGAAAGGCAACUGCCCCUUGUGGGUGGCCCUGAAAGAUGAUCAGCACGAUGUCGCCUCCACGCUGGUACUGCAUGGUUGUGACCCAGACGCGUGGAACAUGGGGCUUAAUGGUUGUACCCAGUCCUUGCUCCACCGUGCAAUCUCAGAAAGGAACGAGAAAGCGGCACAGUUUUUGAUCAGAAGUAACUGUGAUAUAAACAGCCCCCGACGGCCUGGUCCUGGCGGUGAAGGCGGUGUUGAGGCCUGGGACGGGUUGACCCCACUCCAUCUAGCAUGUUCUGCUGGACUAGACAUCGUGGUUCAGUGUCUCCUCGAACACAAAGUUAAUGUGAACAGCAAGGACUCUGAGGGUAGAGCACCCGUGCAUUUGGCGAUCACCACAAAGCACCCAAUAAUAACACGACUCCUAAUUAGCCACCCCGACCUCGAUCUGAUGGCGAGGGACCGGUCAGGGCACACGCCAUUUGCCGUGGCACUCACCACACGUGACCAUGAAGCCGCGGCUGCUAUUCUAUCACGUGCGCCAGGUGCCGCCGAGCAGUUCGACUCCAAAGGCCGCAACUUCUUGCACACCGCGAUUCUAGCGAAUGACGUCGAGACCGUUCUGUUCCUGAUUGGCGUCAGUGUCGACAUCAACUCGCGCAUACAGGACUCCACGCACAGGACACCGCUGCACCUUGCCGUGUCUGCCGGCGCCGAAAUCAUGGUCAGGCACCUUCUGCUGGCUGGCGCGCGUGUCAAUGAUGUGGACAAGCACCGCCAGACGGCUCUGCACAUGGCGGCGGCUCAUAACCACGCCGGUAUCAUCAGCGUGCUGGUGCGGGAGAACACUAAUGUGGAUAUGGUGGAUGAGAAAGGGAAUAACGCCUUGCAUGUGGCCGCCCAGUGUGGACACGUAGAGUCAGUCCGAGUGUUACUCACGGAGUCUUCCAUCAAUGCAGAGGCAAUCAAUACGAGUCGGGGUCAGAACCCUCUCCAUGUGCUGGCUCAGUACGCCAAGGAUAACGCCGUCGCGAUCUUCGAGAUCUUUCGCCAGUCAAUGCCGGAAUACCCCAUGAACGCGGUCGAUGCCGAAGGGAACACAGCCCUGUUUUUAGCGUACGUCAAUGGCGCUGCGCGCCUCUGCCGUGAGCUCCUCCGGGGAGGGAGUAGCUUAGCUACUGUCAAUAAAUACGGCUUGUCUAUAUUCAACGCUGAAGUACCCACGAAAAAGCUGCUUUAUACGCUCUUAGAUAUGUUAAACGCUGAGCCACCUUGGUCAGAUGGUGAUAGCUGUCAUGAAUGCGGAAUGAAGUUCUCAAUCAAAAAUAGAAAACAUCACUGUCGCCAUUGUGGCCGUUUGCUGUGUGCCAAGUGUUCCUGUAAGCAGAUUCCGAUUAUCAAGUAUGAACUGGCGAAACCCGUGCGUGUCUGUGACGUCUGCUUUGAGAUGCUUACAUCAGGUGCAUUCUAGCCAGCGUAAAGGUUGGCUUCAAGGUGUACAGCUACUAUGAUGGGAUUACAACGGGCGCCAAAAUAAGAACUCAUAUUUUCAUGUGGAAUUGAAUCCUAUUAUAUACGCUCCCUUUGAGACAUGAUGUCAAAAAGCUAGAAAGUGUGUAAUGAUUCCUACUUAGGAAUGUGACGUCAUCACAGAGACUGUAAACACUAAUACCCGAAGUGACGUCACUUCACAACAAAUGUACAUACUUCAACACAUCCGGGCUCGAGCACAAUCAGUUAUCAAUCAGCCGUCAAUGUGCAACAUGUCAGACUCAAAUUUCAUAUUCUAAACCAAAUUAACGUCACCGCAACCGCAAGGAUUCGUCCUAUUAAAAGAGAAGAAUACCA